AUGGCAAAAACCAUUAAAAAUAUCAGGAAGAAGGAUCCGAAGAAAAAACAGUCUGAUCCUCUAGGUAAACAGAAAGCUAUUUGGAAAAUUGGACAUGCUUUGACUUUGGCUUUUGGUUUACUUUUCUCGGUUACGUAUUUCUACCAUGUCUUAAUCUUCUUUAAAUACCGUUCCUGGAAGUGGUUGUUUUUAAGAGUUAAUAAAAACUACUCAUUCACUCAAAGUAAGAGAUGGUACAUGAGACUACUAAGCUGGAGCCCACAAAUAAUGUAUCGUUUGUCGUUGAUUGGUGUAUUUAUGUCUGAGUCUGUAACCAUGCAACAAAAUUGGGUCGGACUUAACCCUACAUGGAAUGACUUGUUGUCUUCCGAGAAUUUUCAUACACUAUUAAUCGCCUGUUUGUGGUUUUUUGGUGGUGGCAAGUCAUUUUAUAAGAUUUUGCCCUACAUGAUUUUGAGUUACUUACACUUAACAAAAAUGAAGUACGAAUUAAAUGCUACUAAAGAAGAAAAGAUCUCUGUAACAUCUAGAGACAAAAAAAUGUUACAUUUGCUUGCCUAUUCUGAAUUGCUUGUCAUAUUUGCUUUAACUCUGGACACUAUAUUGUUCAAGACAGGAACAUCCGGAUUUAUGCUAGUAAUUUAUGUUGGUAUUUAUUGGUUGCGAUUGAAUUUUUCUCCAUAUGCCCAAGUGACUGUCUUGGAGUUGCUUGUCAAGUUUGAAAAAUACGUUCCUAAGAAUUAUAGGAGCAAAUGGCAAGUUAUAAAGAAUUUCGUUUAUAUGAAGAUGAAAGAACAUGAAAAGAGAACAGAGGAAGUCGCUAGAUGCGCUUAA